AUGGUCGAUAGUGGUGUCCCCCAGGGUUCAGUUCUGGGACCCAUUUUGUUCCUUAUCUACGUGGACGAUGCCGCAAGAGAUUUAGACUGUGAAGUAGCAAUGUUUGCGGAUGACAUGAAGAUAUGGAGUGUAAUUCGGGGUCCUGCCGACGAAGACAGACUGCCGAUGAACCUGAAUCGGUUGAAUGAGUGGUCAAACCGUUGGCUCCUGCGGUUCAACGUUGCCAAAUGUAGCAUACUUCGCCUAGGCAGCACAGCCAGAUCCGCCAGCACAAGAGGCUACUUUCUGGGCGGUGCAGCCCUACAAGAGGUCGAAGCCCAAAGGGACCUCGGUGUGCUUACGACGAGUUCCCUAAAACCAUCCGCCCACUGUUCGAGGGUGGCAAAAAGCGCAAUGUCCGUACUGUACGCCAUCAAGCGUGCGUUUAUGGACUUUGACGAAGAAGCUUUCUCUAAGACAUUCCGAACAUUCGUCCGGCCGCAUUUAGAGUACGGCAUACAAGCUUGGAGGCUGUGGGCUGUUGUGGAUCAGAACUGCCUCGAAAGAGUCCAGAGGAGAGCCACGAAGAUGGUUAGGGGUCAAAGCUUCUUUCCUUAUGCAACCCGCCUAGUAAAUCUGAACCUCUUUCCUUUGAGUUACAGGCAACUUCGCGGGGAUCUUUUGCAAGCCUUCCGCAUUGUAAAGGGGUUGGAUUGCAGUCUGGCCUUCGAGGACUUUUUUGAAUUUGCUACCACGACCAACCUCCGAGGUCACCCGUUAAAACUGCGCACUCAGCAGGCACGGCUGGAUGUGUGGAAGUUCUCCUUCUCGGUUCGGGUGGUCAUACCAUGGAAUGAGCUUCCCGCAGAUGUUGUGAUGUCACCAUCUAUACAAAGUUUUAAGAAGAAUCUGGACAUAUUUAUGUUCCGAAAUGACCAAGAGCGAUAA